GAUUGUUCCCUAUAUAGACGAGGAGAUAAGGAAUGACGUAUAUAAAACUAGAGUUCAUUUAUUAAUCUGUCAUUAUCACACGUUAGUAAACUGAUAAAACAAUGAAACUUGCCAUCUGUGUACUUGCUGUAAUUGUAGGGCUUAGUCAGGCUGCCGACACCACGCCCGCCCCCAAGGAAUGUAUGAGUGACUCGGACUGCAUGGAUACAGAAUGUUGCUACAAGAAACAUGAAUUUCUCAUAGUGAGCAAGAAACGUCAGGGAACAUUUGAGGGAUACCCAAUCAACCAUCAAGAUUUAGCCCACACUAAAGGUGUAUGUCAGAGUUACCAUGACGAGGGAGAUCACUGCAGUAUGUAUGACAAGAGAAAUGGUUACUGUAGUUGUAACGACAAGAAAGGAUUGUCCUGUCAGUUUGUCCGUCAUCCAGUGACCAGCGUCAAGAGACAAUUCGACAACGCCUUCGGAUCAUACCAAUGCGCCAAACAACAAUUACAAACUGUAUCAUAAACAAUAAAACUGUAGUCGCGAGAUGUAUUCUGUAAAAUAAAAAAUAAAAUUACUAGAAAAUAUU